AUGGACUUUCAUAAACCGUGGUGGGCAGAUUGUCCUCAUAAGGCAUCCUACACCGAGGAUGAUAUAUGGUCCGAGAUCGAGUCCGACUCUGACCUCGACGCAUCCGACGACGACGCUAUAAGGUCCGACUAUGGUCCAUAUGAGAGGUUUUCAAACCAUUCUCGUGAUUUUGAGCAUCUUGCGUUUGCCGCCGGAUUGAUUGUUAAUAAGAUCGGUGAUAAUCGUCUGGACACCUUCAGUUGGGACCUGGAAACAUGUAUUCCAGAAGCCAUUCUUGGGCCCCGGGGUAUCAUCACUACACGUCAGAAAUUGCUCCGCGCUUUGAGUAUCAUCACAAACCCUUAUUGCUAUGAAACGCCAGUCAUACCGGCGACUCAAGGAUCAGCCAUCGAUUUGGGCAACUUUCGGAAGCUGAAAAGCUUGCGAUGGAGAGCACCUCGUUCAGAAGACGCCCCGGCCUUAUUAUCUGCCUUGUCAAGGAACCGGCGACAUCUAGAGCGACUUGAGCUAGACCUAGGAGCAUGCCAUGAUGAUGAGGAUGGACAUCCAUCACCUGUACAGGAAUCGAUUAUCCACGAUUCUGCAUUCUUGAGAAAGCUUCUUCGCAUCCAACCUACUCCGUCGAUGCCGAUGUUUCCAGAACUAAGAGAGCUCUUUCUUUUGUCUACCACUAUCGGGCCUGGAUUAGCUCGGGGACUUGAUUUCGACACGUUGGUCUCACUUCGCUUCCGCGACUGCCAUGGGUUGCCCGGAUUUUUCGCCACUCUUCUGGAACUACGGGUGCAACCUAGGAUCAAAGCGUUUGAGAUUUACCGCAGCGAUUCGUUUAAUAAUCCUACCGGUCAAGAGGAAGAGCUGGAAGACGUGGUCGUUUGGAACACGAAAUCAAACGUCUUGGUUUGGGAAUGCAUCAAUCCAAGCUGGGGAGCGUCCGCAACUGCAACCACCAAUAUCGAGGAGACGGAUUCUAAUGGCGUUUCAUACGGUGUUCAGGAUUGGGGCUCUCAAUUACGCAAGGAGAGAGUAUCUGGUGGUGUCUUGUCGUCAUCAGUUUACCGCCUUCAGGAAGAGUUUUGCGGUUUCAUCGAAUGGGCUUUCGGGUCUCGAGGUAUACGCUCUCUUCGCACCAUUGCAGUAGGUGACUUCUCUGCCACGGGUCCGUGUGAGGGCAGACUUUGCAUUUCAGUUGACAGUCACGGCAUGCUCCGUGUUCUGAAAGGAAGGGACAAAAGGAUGGCUUACCCGCUGGAAAAGUUUCAAGACUUUGUACGCUCGGAAACCGUCAGUCUUAACUACGGUAGAUUGCAACACGUAUCGUCCAUCAUCAUCCUCCAAACACCUUACUCGGAACGACAAAUCGGAUUGCCGCCGAAACCAUAUGCUGCGCCUGACUGGGUAUUCACUGGGAUGAGGGGCAGCCUCAAAGUACCCAUUCUGCUAUGGAUAUACCUAAGCGUCGGGUUGCACUCGCUAGCUCGCCUUGACGACGGCGUGUCUGCUGGAAUGAAACAUAUCGCUAUCAUCGUCAAUUCCACGCUCCGACUAUCGUCAGGCAGCAGGUCGCUCUCCGCUGGUUGA